GGACGGAGCCGGUGCUGGAGCCGGCCCCCUUUUUAUUUAUCUCCCCGGUGCGGCGGCAAGCGGCUUCGCUCCCUCCGCGGAGGAGGAGCACUCCCGCUGCCUGUGCUGGAGGAAGGCAGCCUGGCCGGGAGGGAGGGACGAGCGGGAAGCGUUUGGAGCAGGUCAAACCUGUUUCCUUACACAACCCUGAACCAUUCUACCCGGUUUGGAAACUAAUAGCUCACCUUGUACUUUUCCAAGUGGUUUCCAAUGGCCCAGGUUUCGGCAAUGUACUGAGUUCUCGGGGCAUUAUGUUUGGAACUGCCAACUUCCAGAAGUGAUUACGGCUGACUAGCAUUUAAUCGGAUGAAGACACUUGUGAGGAUGGCAUGCCCAAGAAAUUUUAAAAGAUGCAGACCACCUGAUUGAAGAAGGUGGCUCUGUGAUUAUCCCAUUUGAGUAAUACAUUGCUACUGUCUCUUAAGCAAGUCAUGAUUACAUUAACUGAACUCAGAUGUUUAGCAGAUGCCCAGUCUUCAUACCACGUCUUGAAACCAUGGUGGGAUGUCUUCUGCUAUUACCUCACCAUGAUCAUGCUGCUUGUUGCUGUCCUUGCUGGGGCUCUCCAGCUCACUCAAACUAGACUACUAUGCUGUCUUCCUUGCAAGCUCGAGUUUGACAAUCAUUGCGCAGUGCCUUGGGAUCUGGUUAAAAGCAACAUUAAUGUAUCCUUCGGCUCUGCGGCUCCAAUAACGCGCCCUCUAAGAAUCCAGAAUUAUCUUCAUCGGCAACAGUAUUCCUACAUUGAUGCAGUAUGUUACGAGAGAGAACUUCAUUGGUUUGCCAAAUUUUUCCCAUACUUAGUACUUCUCCACACUUUCAUUUUUGCCGCUUGCAGCAAUUUUUGGCUUUACUAUCCCAGCACCAGUUCACGGCUAGAGCAUUUUGUAGCUAUUCUUCACAAGUGUUUUGAUUCUCCUUGGACAACCCGUGCCCUGUCAGAAACAGUUGCUGAACAGUCUGUGAGGACUCUGCCACUCUUAAUAUCUAAGCAAUUUAUCUCCUCCCCAAGCAAUUUAGCAGAAUUGGACAGCAAGCGGCAAUCUAUGUCCUAUUCACAAAGUGGGCUGGAAACAGCUGGAAGAGAGAGCUCCUCUAAUGUUCUAGACAGAAAAGAAGGCGAACAAGCAAAAUCGAUUUUUGAAAAAGUGAAAAGAUUCAGAGUGCAUGUUGAAAAGAAGGAUGUAAUUUAUCGAGUGUACCUGAAACAGAUCGUGGUCAAAGUCAUUGUGUUUAUAUUAAUAAUGAUUUAUCUCCCCUAUUAUUUAACCUUUAUUACGCUAGAAAUUGACUGUAUAGUUGAUAUUCAAGUCUUUACCGGCUAUAAGAGAUAUCAGUGUGUCUAUUCAUUAGCAGAAAUCUUUAAAGUGCUAGCAUCAUUUUAUGCUAUCCUGGUGAUCUUAUAUGGUCUGACAUGCAGUUACAGUCUGUUAUGGAUGAUGAGAAGUUCACUUAAACAAUAUUCCUUUGAGAAGUUGAGGGAGCAAAGUAAUUACAGCGAUAUCCCUGAUGUAAAAAAUGACUUUGCGUUUAUUCUUCACCUAGCUGACCAGUAUGAUCCCCUGUAUUCCAAGCGGUUCUCAAUAUUCCUGUCUGAGGUGAGCGAAAAUAAGUUGAAGCAGAUCAGUCUAAACAACGAAUGGUCUUUAGAAAAACUGAAAAGCAAACUGAUACGCAAUUCUCAAGACAAAAUGGAGCUUCAGCUUUUCAUGCUAAGUGGUCUUCCAGAUGAUGUCUUUGAACUGACAGAGAUAGAAGUUAUAACUCUAGAACUGAUUCCUGAGGUUAAGCUCCCUUCAUCUGUAAAUCAGCUACCCAAUCUGAAGGAACUGAACAUUUAUUAUUCAUCAUUAACUGUUGAAUUCCCAGCACUGAACUUUCUUGAAGAGAAUCUUAAAAUCCUGCGUUUGAAAUCAGCUGACCUGGGAAAGAUUCCACGUUGGGUCUUCUAUCUACGAAACCUGCAGGAGUUGUAUUUGACUAGAUGCUAUGUGCCGGAACCCCAGAAUGGCUUCUAUAGUGAGGGCUUUCAGGAUCUUGUGAAUCUGAAAACGAUUUAUUUAAGGAACAGCCUUUCCCGCAUACCUCAGGUGAUUACAGACCAGCUGCCUUCUCUUCAGAAGUUAUCUAUUGACAAUGAGGGGAGAAAACUGCUGGUGUUGACCAACCUGAAGAAACUGUUGAACCUGAGAACGUUGGAGUUGAUCAGCUGUGACUUGGAGCGCAUUCCACAUUCCAUCUUCAGCCUGAACCAUCUGCGGGAAAUAGAUUUGAAAGACAACAACCUCAGAACGGUAGAAGAAAUCAUUAGUUUUCAACAUCUGGAGAAUCUUUCUUGCCUGAAACUAUGGCACAACAACAUCUCAUACAUCCCGGUACAAAUUGGAACCUUGGCAAACCUGGAGCAACUCUACUUAAAUCACAACAACAUAAAAAAAAUUCCACCACAGCUCUUUCUUUGCAGAAAGCUAAGUCAUUUGGAUCUUAGUUAUAACAAGCUAACUUCUAUUCCUGAUGAAAUCCAGUAUUUAACAAAUCUUCAGUACUUUGCUGCAACGAAGAAUCAUAUUGAGGUACUUCCGGAUGAAUUGUUUCAGUGCAAAAAGCUGCAACAUCUCCUCCUUGGGUAUAACAGCCUGACACAGUUGUCUCCUCAAGUCGGUGAACUUUCGAACCUUCUUCACUUUGAGCUGAAAGGAAACUACCUGGAAUCGCUUCCUGCUGAGCUGGAGGAGUGUAAUGCUCUGAAACGGAGUUGCCUAAUUGUAGAAGAAUGCUUGUUAAACAUGCUUCCCCUUCGGGUGAUAGAGCCUGUUCAGAUAUGUUUGGACAAAGUCUGAGUGAACGAGAGUAUGAGUGAAUAAGCAUUGGUCUUGAGUGCAUAGGCAGAAUCCUAUGGAGUAUUUUCAAUCCUAGCUGCAAAGGAAAGCAUAGAUAGAAGGGAAAUGCAAGUCUGCAGCUAUGUGUGGUUUCAGGUAUUUAUUAAUUUAGUUGACUUAAAGUUCUCUUUGAUAAGAGCAUGCUUAGGUCUUAAACAAAACAAAAAAAUCCAGGCAUACCAAGAAUAUGCAUGCAUCUCAUAAAAAUAAAUUUAUUGAAUGACUACAACAUCAAUAGUAUUUUCAUUACAUUUGAGUGUCUGGGAUGGAAGGACAUUACCUGAAUCUUGUAACUCUGCCACUCUUCCUGAAGCAGCAGUUCUUACAUAUAUAUAUAUUUUUUGCAAGGACCAACAAAUUUAAUUUUACUUGUGUUUUUACCUUGGGCACAUUGCUGGAGUGGAUUGGAAUAGAGUUUGCCAUUAAAGGUUGUCUUAUAAAAAGCACACCCUUUUUUACACUAGGAAAUAGUUUUAGAAUGAGAUAUCUUCAUUUAUUUAUGGAAUAAUUCAACAGGAGGCGGUUGUGUCUCCCCGAAAGAUAAGGGAAAAUCCACUGAAAAACUACUGAGCUUUGCCCAGAAUUAUCCCCACUAAAUGCCACCUGGACUUAUUUAUAUUAUGUUGCUUUAAAAUAGGGAGAAUGGAAUCCACUAUCUAUACAUAGGGGAAUACAACUGGACUGGGUUUUAAGAUUUAAAUCAAAGUCUUGGAGAACUAUGCAAGGUUUUAAAUUCAACAUGAUAGGUGUCACCUAAAUUGUGUUAUGCUUAUUUUGUGUGUGUGUGUGUGUGUUUAGAAAUCUAGCUUUCUAAUUCUUGCUUCUAAUCUUAGGGCAACAAUAGAACUUCAAUAGGGCAUUGUUUGCCAUAUCUGGCAGUUUUCACAUUUCACAGUUUUCCAACCCUUCCUAAUCUUCUCUCUUGGGAAAAGAUUAUUUCAAAGGUGUAUGUAAACCAGUAAUGGGAAAGUGACAGUUGAUGCAUUUGCAGAUUGUGUGGAGUAUGUUUAGGAAAAUCAAAAUAGAUAAUGGUAGGAAGUGGAUUUGGAUAAUCCUAUACACUUGUCACAUAUUCAUUAAGGGAUAGAUAUGUACAUUGAUGAUGCUAUGUAAACAUAAUCAAAAAGAAUGAUGAUGAUGAUGAUGAUGAUGAUGAUAGGAGGCAUACUUUAGAAAGUUGCCAUAAUAUUAUGUUAUACUAAUUUUAAUUGUCACUAAUACAGAGAAGAUAUAGCGUUCAGAUAUCUUGGGUUUUCAGGAUCAUCCCCUCAUUGUAUGUCAGCAUGAAGGAUGCUACUGCUAAAGAAAGGAGAGAAGUAAAGUGAGUUUUGACCAUACUUUCCUCCCUCUGACCCCUGUACUUCUCCAGAUUAGCUAUAAAUAAUUGCUUGGCUCCCUGGAACAUUAUGAAAGGUAGAACAAAAGCUGUAGAGGGAAUUAAAAAUGGCUGAAAAUCUACUCCUCACUCCUUUUCCAAUAAGAGCAUCUACUGCAGUGGUUCUCAACCAGUGAGUUCCUAGGUGUUUUGGCCUACAACUUCCAGAAAUCCCAGCCAGUUUACCAAUUUAGGAUUUCUGAAAGUUGAAGGACAAAACAUCUGGGAACCAUUCUAUAAGAGUUAUUGGGGAAGAAGAGUUAUUUUUGUAUCUGUUUCAGUGCUGCUCUGAGACAUCUAUUCUGGUAUGUAAAAACAUAGUAGCAUGAUCUAAAUGUUUAUGUGAUUAUGUAUUCAAAUGUUCUGACUAUUUUUAAUCCCUGUUUUGUGAGAUCAGGUUGAGUAUGGUACUAGAAAGAUGUGUGAGAAAUUGAUACUGCUUUUUUCUUAAAAAAUAUCUUCAUGAUGCCACAAAAUUGUUUCAAAAAAAAUCUCGACACGUUGAUGUUUGUUCAUCACAAAUAACCACAUUCCAAAGACCUAUAGCUCUCAGGGAACAGAAAACAUUAUUGUUUUCAUGGAUUUAAUGCAGCACCAAUGAUCCCAUCUUUUUUUGAAAGGUACAAUUUACUAUUAUAUCGGGGCACUGUUUAGUCUGUGAGCUGAGCAAUAUUAAUGGAUUACCUUUAUGUUUGCAACAGCUGAAAUCAAGUAAGCUUCAUGAAAUUAUAAUAAAUGUACAUUGUUAUUGUAUUUGCAUACCUUGGAAUAAAGUAACUAAAGCUGCUUUCUUUUGGUCAAAAAGCUGCAGACCUGGAAUGAUCAAAAGUGCACUACUCUUGUGUCUGCAUUAGGGAAGAAUCAAUUUAUAGGCCAACAUAUUACACACUUUCGCAUGUCAUAAAAUUAGUAAUGUUCUCAGUUUUUCCUUCCCUUUAUUUUAUUUUAUUUUAUUUGCUAGCAUCACUUUCCUUAGUUUAUGAUUUGUGCCUGUGGACAGUCAUGUUAACGUCAUCCGUUAAGCAUGGUGUAAAGUGAUACCAGAACAUAGUUCAUAUUGCUGUGGCCCAAAAUCUGUGGAUAUCACAACACACAUUGAGUAUUAAGAUUUUAAGAGUUUUGACUUAAUUUGUCUUUUAAAAAUUAAUGAUCACUGAAACUGAGAAAAUGAAUUCUGUUAGUGUUGUGGUUUUGUUUGUUUUUUAAAAAAUAGGCAUUAUGGGGAAAACAGUUGUGAGUCUCGAAAAUGUUUGUUUAUAUAGAGGGUUGAUUCUGACACAGCUUUUAAAAGAAUGUUAGCUUUCCAGGAGUGAUUUUUUAAAGUUCUUUGUUGACUUUGCUUAGAUUGGCAAUAACUUCUUUGACAUUCCUUCUGCCCAGGUUUUAUCUCUAAUGCUUUAAAAUCUUAAUAGCAACAUCAACAGAAAGGGUUCUGUGCUGCCUUCAGAAAGGAUCUAUGGGAAUUGGAAAGUGCUUUCAAUGGCAGCAGAAAUAAACUAUAUUCAUCAAGCUGCAGCCAUGACUUGCAGGCAUGAAUGCAUGAUAAUUUGAUCUGAUAGCUCAGUGUUAUAUAACAUGAGCAUAAAAUAAUAUUCUUUUAAAGUGAGAUAUAGAUCACAUUGACAUUUUCAUUUAAAUUAGUAGCAAAAUGUUUUUAAAAAGACAAAAAGUCUUAAAGGCUGGCAUUGCCGGCCUUAAUGCAUGCCACGUGUGCCUUUUUAGUUUUUUUUCUUUAUCCAGACCUCAUCCUUCAGAUGGCAGAGCAGAACUAUUAAGUAUUUUUGCAAACUGUUGUUCUGUUUCUUGUCUCCACCCUUCAUAUGUUGUAUUGGAAUGAAGAUCAUUUCAGUGAAUCAGUUGCUAACCCCACUGUCAUAAUUAUAGGACAAACUAUGGUAACUUCAAACCAUAUAUGUAUAUAGCACUUAUUUUAUACACAAUGCUUCUCAGUUUGUUUCAGUAUUAUAAUGUUGCUCAGUUUGGAGGAGGGCAGGUUGGGAGAGAGUCUUUUAAAUACGGUCUUGCAGAUAUUGGCAACAUGUCAAAUAUUGAAUAAAAUUCUGUUAACUUGUCUAAGCUUAA